CCAGCUGCUUGAGGAACUCCCAGCCAGAGCCUCUCUUCCGCCAGAAACACCAUUGAUGAAGCGUUAGCUUUUGCGACUUUCACCCUCACUCUUUCGACACAUUUCUCAACCGCCUGCAUUCUCUCAGAAACCGAAAACAAAGUCCCCAAUCGGAAAGAAAAUCUCGAAAAAAUGUCGGCCGAUAACUUCGUCGCGCCUGGUCAGCAGCGCUACCUCCGCGCCUGCAUGGUCUGCUCCAUCGUCAUGACAUACUCUCGCUUCCGCGACGAAGGCUGCCCCAACUGCGAAGACUUCCUCCACAUGGCCGGCUCCCAGGACCAGAUCGAGAGCUGCACGUCACAGGUCUUUGAGGGCCUCAUCACCCUCUCGAACCCGAAGCGCUCCUGGGUGGCAAAGUGGCAGCGUCUGGAUAACUACGUGAGGGGCGUCUACGCGAUCAAGGUCUCGGGUCAGCUGCCUGACGAGAUUCGCAACACGCUCGAGGAGGAGUACAGAAUACACUAUAUUCCGCGCGACGGAACGGAGACGGAGGUUGAUGCUUAAGAUUGGCUACGAGCUUUCGAAGAAUGUGUUUUUGACAUACAAGGCGUUUUACGGGGAGUCAAAUAAGGUCGGCAAGGAGUCAGGGAAGACUC